GGAGGGUAGGCGCAGUGACUCGUGUCACCCACAGAGGAAGUUUGGUGUGGUCCUGGAUGAGAUCAAGCCCUCCUCGGUUCCUGAGCUCCAGGCUGUGCGCAUGUUUGCUGAGUACCUCGCCAGUGAGAGCCGGAGGGAUGCCAUCGUGGCCGAGCUAGACCGGGAGGUGAGCAGGAGCGUGGACGUGGCCAACACCACCUUCCUGCUCAUGGCCGCCUCAGUCUACCUUCAUGACCAGAACCCAGAUGCUGCCCUGCGCACCCUGCACCAGGGGGACAGCCUGGAGUGCAUGGCCAUGACAGUUCAGAUCCUACUGAAGCUGGACCGCCUGGACCUCGCCCGGAAGGAGCUGAAGAGGAUGCAGGACCUGGACGAGGAUGCCACCCUCACCCAGCUGGCCACCGCCUGGGUCAACCUUGCCGUGGGUGGCGAGAAGCUGCAGGACGCCUACUACAUCUUCCAGGAGAUGGCUGACAAGUGCUCGUCCACCCUGCUGCUGCUCAAUGGGCAGGCAGCCUGCCACAUGGCCCAGGGCCGCUGGGAGGCCGCCGAGGGCCUGCUGCAGGAGGCGCUGGACAAGGACAGUGGCCACCCAGAGACGCUGGUCAACCUCAUCGUCCUAUCACAGCACCUGGGCAAGCCCCCUGAGGUGACCAACCGCUACUUGUCCCAGCUGAAGGACGCCCACAGGUCCCACCCCUUCAUCAAGGAGUACCAGGCCAAGGAGAACGACUUCGACAGGCUGGUGCUGCAGUACGCUCCCAGUGCCUGAGGCCUGUGUGGGACCUGCGCCGGCAGGACCGCGAGGCCGGGCCCCAGGCCUCCCCGCCUGGCACCCCCUCGUCCUCUGCUGGGCCCUGGGGCCACCACCUGUCAAUAAACGUCUCUGCCCCAGCGUA